CACGCCCACGCCGAACGGUCAACCGCUCAGUCCAAGAUGGCGGUGUCCUGGACAGGGGUAUGCCGUGGGGCUUCAUUGGUCGUACUAUAUGGAAUACGACCAGUCGGGGUCAAAGCAGGUCUCAGCACACCUAGUUUGGCGUUCAGACAAUCAAGUUUGUGGUUUGUUAGGCACUACUCGCCUUCACAAGCAAGGCACGGGAUUGGUCGAAGCAUCGUGUCCAGAUUCAAGUGGGUCAAUGAGAAAUAUGAGCGAUUCCUGCAGCGGCGCUUUCCUCGCUUUUAUGUUCUCUAUCACACCUUUAUGAGAGGGUUUCGGCUGUUGUUUCAAGAUGCUCAAGAAGUGAGAAGAAUCAAGACCCGAAUGCUCACCAAUAACAUAGACCACCUAACAUUGCCUUAUCGUGAGAUGGAGAAACUCAGGCAGUUCCGCAGGGACAUGAUCAAAGCCAUUCCCUUGGUCAUCAUAUCAAUACCUCCUUUUGCCAACUAUUUGGUCUUUAUCUUAAUGUACCUCUAUCCUCGGCAACUCCUGAUUCGGCACUUCUGGACCCCACAGCAGCUUGUGGAGUUUCAGGGAGUCUAUCAUACUCAGAGGGCACACCACCACUGGGCUAUAGUCAAAGGACUGGAGAGGACAGCAACUUCUGUCCAAGAUAGCCGACUUAAAAGCCGCCUUAUGGAGCUCUGUAGUAAGGUUCGAGGUGGUGUUCAUCCUGUGGUGUCUGAUGUCCAUGCAGUGAGAACAUUGUUCUCUGGACCUCCCUUAGGUGUCAGGAGAAUGUAUGCAGAUCAGAUGAGACAACUCUGUCCAUUGCUCUUCCUGACGCCACGCCUCCCAACUUUCUUGAUUAGUCGACGCUUGAAUAGACACGCCUUAGAACUCAUGCAGCUUGACCGUGCCAUUGUUCGAUUAGGCUUGCACCAGUUAAAUGAUGUAGAGCUCAGAGAGGCAUGUUAUGUGAGAGGGUUGAAUCCAGACCGUCUGAGUCCGGGACAGUUCCGGGAAUGGCUCACACAGUGGUUGCAGUUCUCAACACAUCUCAAAGAGUCCGAGACCUCCCUCUAUCUGCACUGUAUGGUACUGCUCACCGUAAACUACCCCAAACACCCACGUCACUGACCUCAGAGAGCCACAUGACUUCUUUCCCUUGAUGGCAGUGACAGAAAAUAAUGAAAACCCCACCCAAGGGCAAAAUAACAUGGGAACAAACAUACUCUCAUGUGCAGAUCCAAGCAGCACGCCAUAAGACCAAAGCUUUUUCAUCAUGAGUCAUUUUGCUUUGUAACGGGUUAUAUUUUGUAGUGAAUAUUUCAGUUCCUGCAACAAAUCUUUUUUUAAGGGGCUGUCAUGCUUUAGACUUGUUUGGAUAUGUAUCCAAUUUUGUUUGCUUUGAGUGGUGAACCUAUAGGGGGAUAUUAUUGUGAAAGAUGGCAUCAGGAUCCUGGAAUUUGUGGAACCAUUCAAUUGUUCCUGAUUAGUGACAAAUAUAAAAAAGAAAAUCACAUUUAUACUGUGAAAGGCUAUUAUAACCACAUAUGAUAUGUUAUAUGUGCCAUAUGCAAACCAACUGGUCUUAUCUUGUGACGUAUUCAUUUGGAAAAAUUGAAGACACUAUUCUACUAGCAAUAGUUGCUUCAUCCAUUCACAUUUAUUCCCAUUUUAGCUUUAAAAAGUGCAAUAUCAAAGCUGUGCGCAACCAUUUUUUGACAGGAAUCUCUGAAACCAUUUAUACUUUGCCCUGACUGAAAGACAAGCACCAUCUUUCAUCUCAUUCAUUUUUCUGGGGUAGUAGUGGGAGUCGGUAUCGAGAUGUUUAAAAUAUCUAAAGCACCCCAGUUACUAAGAUCUGAGAUUUUGACAACUGGAAAGAUGUUUACAUUGCCUAUAUAGAGAUACUGCAAUUUUGGUGUAUUCUUUAAUAUAUUGUUACUCUAAAUUCUGUUAUGCAGCAUAUACACACUUUAAUUACAUUUAGUUUAUAGUACUUAACUACACAAGAACACUGCACCUUGUUAUAUAUAUAAAAAAAAUAUUGGUCGCUGUGCACAGGGCUGUUUGGUCAAAACAAUGUAGUUAGGUUAAUGCUUGGGUACAUGUAACUUGAGGUAAGAGACAUUUAAGAAAAUGUCCUGAAAUAAUGAUCAUCUUAUGCAGCCUUUAACAAGUGCUUUUUUUUUUUUCAUGAACACUGGGGCAAACGUGGUGCAAUAUGUGCCGUUUUCUUUUUAAGUUGCCAAUUGUGCUGCAAUGUUGAGAUAUUUUAUAUAAAUAUACAAUUCUUUUUGGUUCUGUGUUUACUCGUACUCUGAAACAAUAGGCAAUGCAGUAUGACAAGAUCUGAACUGACUUCUAUUAAAAGACUUCAGAAUGAAUGUUC